AUGAGCGGAGCCGAUGAGAUCAGCCUGGAAGGAAUGGUGGUGCACCGCGCCGAGUGCAAGCCAGUCGUCAAUGACGAUUACAUGAAGCUUAAAAAGUUGCAGAUUAAGCAGUCCACCAAACCACAGCGGUUCUCCCAGCAGCUGGAGAGGGCCGUCACCAGCGUCUUCAAACCAGUGGCCAACCAUAACUUCAACUUGGAGUAUGAGAAGAAGAAGAAGUCAGAGGGUAAGAUGGUGCGUGCGGAGCGGCAGGUGGUGCUGGACAUGCUUUUCUCUGCCUUUGAGAAACAUCAGUUCUACAACAUCAAGGACCUGGUGGAGAUCACAAAGCAGCCGGUGACUUACCUGAAGGAAAUCAUGCGCGAGAUCGGGACGUACAACAGUAAAGGAGCUCAUAAAAGCACCUGGGAACUGAAGUCUGAGUACCGCCACUACCAGUCCGCAGACGAAGAGGCCCAGACCUGA